AUGAAUUACCCAUUUGCGUCUCAGCAGCACCAGCAGGACGUGAUCAAUGCGGUGAUUUCGGUGCUGGAUGCGCCGAAGGAGGCGACGACAGUGUCGCAAGUAUAUUCGAACGACAAGAACACGGCAACGGAAGUACAGGCGUACGCCAAGAUAUCGGGACGAGACUGGACGUACUACGUGAAGGACAUGAUGACGAGUAUCGGGCGGAACACGUCUCCGCAGGACCGGUCAGUACACAUCGACCUGGGGCCUGCGAAAGUGGUGUCGCGGCAGCACGCUAGCAUCAGCUUCAACCUGAACACGGGUAUAUGGGAGCUGCGGGUUUUGGGCCGCAACGGCGCGAAGAUCAAUUUCCACCGGAUUCCCUCAGGCCCGAACACCGACCCGGUGCCAUUGUCAUCGGGGACCAUUCUGGAUAUUGGUGGGACCCAAAUGAUGUUCAUAUUGCCGGAUCAGGGGCCGUUCAUCGACCCCGCCGCGCUGAGCUACCUGAACCCGAAGCUGGCUGCGGCGUACGCACACACGACCACAAACCCGUUACUACAGGAGCUAAUCAAAAGCACCACAUCUGCAGUCACCGAUGUGAAGGGCACCGGUGACGGCGGGAUGACCACCUUCAAAAUGUACCACAACCAUUACCAAAAUGCUUCGCAGUACGAUCAAGUAGACCAAUCUUCCAGCCAGGGGGCAAUAUAUGGAACCAUAAUAGACCCCAGCUUCCACACAGGUAAGGAUUUGGCCACUGAUUUGUCCCGCGAUGAGAAUCGGAACGUCAAACCGCCACAUUCCUACGCAACGAUGAUUACCCAGGCUAUUUUGUCCUCUCAGGACGGAGAGCUAUCUUUGUCUGCGAUUUACAAGUACAUCUCCACAAAUUACGCUUUCUAUCGUCAUACAAAGUCUGGCUGGCAGAAUUCGAUUCGGCACAACUUAUCGCUCAAUAAAGCCUUCGAAAAAGUGCCGAGAAAACCUGGUGAGCCAGGCAAGGGUAUGAAGUGGCGGAUUAGUGAGGAAUACCAGAGGGAGUUUCUAGAAAAAUGGCAUAGUGGCAGGAUUGGAAAGGUUAGACGUGGUUCUUCUGUUGCUAGACAGUUGCAGCUUCACAUGUCCAGAUACAAUUAUUUGCCAAUCCAGAAUCAUCGUCAGAGUAAUGUCGCCGCGAAUGGUUCUGUUCAGAAGCAGCAGAGGCGUACCACCAUGUCCACAUCCAUUGGGAGCCGAAGCCAGAGUGAGGACCGUGUCGCUGUUUCUGUUCCACCUAGUAAUUCCACGGACUAUGCAAAUUCGGUGGCUACGAACCCUAUCCAAUAUAGUUCAUCCAGUCAAAACGGUCAUGUGCAGACUAAACAAGUGCAUCCUGCGAGAACGUCUAAUCUACAGCCGCAGCUAACAUUGAAACAGGAAGACAAGCCACUGCAUAACAACGAUACACCACCACCUUCGAUAUCGUUUUCCCGUCAGCCACCGCAGAAACAAGAGCAAAGAGAUAUUUCCGCAUCAGCUUCUAAUACAUCAUUGCCGUCUUUAUCUGGAAUGCGUGGUUCUCCCCAACCUUCGUUAUCAGUCGCUACAUUACCAACUACUGCGCCCGUGAACGACGUGCUUCUUCAUUCUCCAGCAAAACGGUUUCAUAUUUCAGCCGUGGAAGCAUACACUCCUGAGAGGGGGUCCCAGCAAAUUUCUAGGUCUCCUACUCAAGGCGGCAGUAGUGCACAUUUGAGCGCACAGGGAGCGCAACAGGGGCCAAUGCUUGGACAAAGUGGCCAUGUAAGCCAAGGGGGACAUUCCAACGCCAACCAGAGUAGCCCAGGUGUAUGGAAUCUACUCCAGUUUUCCUCAGUGAACAACACUCCGGCAACUGCGUAUAAUAAUGGAAUGCCAAGCCUAAAUACCCAAAACCCAGGCCUUAGCAAAACAAAUAGUGCUGCCGCUGUGAAACAUGGUAGCAACGAGCUGCUUACGUCUAGCGCAGAGAAGGACCAUUCUCUAAAUUCUAGUCCGAUAAAAAAACACCGAGGCGACGGGCGAGGCGUUGACCAUCCUGAUGGGCGACUAAUCUUAGACACUGAAGGUGCAAAGGUCAGUUUGGUCAGCAAUGAUGAUAUCUCUGCAGGAAGACACGGUUCGGUAGAUCGGGAAUGA